AUGCAUAAAUGUGGCUUUAUUGCAACCCCUAACAAAAAAGAAAUUGCUAAAUUACACCCAGACGGUGCUCGAAAGUGUAUAUACGCAGUUAAUGGUGACAGUUAUGCUGGCGAAUGGAAGGAUGAUAAAAAACACGGCCGUGGUGUUCAAGCGUGGAAAAAAUCUGGUUUAUUUUAUGAGGGUUAUUGGGAAGACGGGAAGCGUUGUGGAACUGGGAUUCUUUACGCAAUCGACAAAAACUGUCAACACAAGAAGAUUUACUCAGGAUCGUGGAAGGAUAAUAAGCGACACGGCUAUGGUGAAAACUGGUACAGCUGUGAUGAGUUUUAUGAGGGAGAGUGGUUAAAAGAUAAGAGGAGUGGAUGGGGUCGUCAAUAUUAUAAAGACGGUUCCAUGUAUGAAGGUGAAUGGCUUCAUGAUAAGCGAUGGGGGAAAGGCAUGUUGAGACUUCCUAACGAAAACAGAUAUGAGGGAGAAUGGGUAAACGACAUGAAAAAUGGCAAUGGGAGAUUUAUUUUUCAUUCUUCUAAUCAAGUAAUGGAAGGAAUAUGGGUUGAUGGCAUUCCCAAACAAGCCAUGAUUUCAGAUCUCGAACCGAGACAAAUAAGAACGGAGUCUACCAUCCCCAUCCCCGUGCUGGAACUAAAAUCGCCAGACUAUGUUUGGCAAGAAGCAGCUGAGGCGAACUUCCAAAUUCUUCGCGAAAAGUACCCCGAUUUCUUUAUUUGA